AUGUCCGCGCCCGACAAGCCCGGCGAGCUCGACGAGGUCGAGAAGGCCUACGGGCUCCAGGUCGAGACCAACCAGCAGCAGCAGCAGCUCAUCGACCCCGUCGCCGAGAAGAGAGUGAUCUCCUCGCCUUUCUGGAUCGAUCCAAUAUCGGGUGCGCAGCUCUCCGUCACCACCCCCUCCGGCCACGCGGCCAAGCCCAAGGUCACACAGGCUGACGGUGUCGAGAACAGCAAUGCCAAAAUCGCGGGCAUGGAAGAAGACCUCGGCCUCGACGGCGACCGCUACGAUUGGUUGCUCACCAUCUUUUACAUCUCCUACAUCGUGUUCGAGUUCCAGGCCAUCAUGUGGAAACUGGUGCCGCCACACAGGUGGGCAGCCGUCUGUGUCUUUGGAUGGGGCCUGGUCGCGACGGUGCAAGCGGCGACGCACAACUGGCAGGGGAUGAUGGCGCUGCGGUUCCUCAUGGGGCUGUUCGAGGCGGGCUACGGGCCGGGGAUCCCGUACCUGCUGUCCUUCUUCUACCUGCGGCACGAGGUCGGGUCGCGGCAGGGCAUCUUCCUGUCGGCGGCGCCGCUGGCCAACACGUUCGCGGGCGCGCUGGCGUACGGCAUCACGGCGGCGCGGCGGUCGGCGCUCGCGCGGUGGCGGCUGCUGUUCGUGGUCGAGGGCGCGCCGACGCUCGUCAUGGCCGCCGUCGCGUGGUUCUUCCUGCCCGACGCGCCCGAGAAGGCGCGCUUCCUGGACGAGGACGAGAAGAGGAUCGCGAGGGCGCGGGCGGUGCGCCAGACGGGGCAGGACGCCGAGGCGCGCAUCGGCGGCGUCGAGUGGAAGGACGUGGUCGCCGCGCUGCUGGAUCUGAAGUGCUGGUUCACUGCUCUCAUGUACUUCUCCUGCAACGUCUCCUUCGCCUCUCUCCCCGUCUUCCUCCCGACCAUCCUCAACGAAAUGGGCUACAGCGCCAUCAACGCCCAAGGCCUCACCGCGCCCCCCUACUUCCUCUCCUUCCUCCUCACCAUCGGCACCACCGUCCUCGCCGACCGCACGCGACAACGCGCCUGGACCAUCGCGGCGCUCACCCUCGUCGGCGGGACGGGAUACGUGCUGCUCGCAGCCUGCAACGGCGCGGGCGCGCGGUACGCGGGCGUCUUCCUCGCCGCGGGCGGCGUCUUCCCCGCCAUCGCCAACAUCCUGCCGUGGGUCAGCAACAACCAGGGGUCCGACACGCGGCGCGGCGUCGGCUUCGUCGUGCUCAACGUCGUCGGCCAGUGCGGCCCGCUGCUCGGCACGCGCCUGUAUCCGACCGGCGACGGCCCGCGCUACGUCAAGGGCCAGGCUGUGUGUGCGGCCUUCAUGUUCUUUUGCACGCUGCUCGUCGUCGCGCUGCGGCUGCUGCUCGUGUGGGAGAAUGGUCGGUUGGAUAAAAAGUAUGGGACUGUCGAGGAGCAGAGGGCGAGGAGGGAUGCGGCCGGCGAUGUGGCUGGUGCCAAGGAGGGGGGUCAGGCCGAAGGGGUGGGAGAGGAGAACUACGGACCUAUGUUUAGGUAUGUUUUGUGA